UAUCAACUAAUAAUCAUAAAUUUACGUGUCUGCGUCUUCUAGAGAAGUGUGUAUACGAACAGUAUUCGUACAUCACUUGACUCUCCGCUCUUACCUAACUAUCAAUUUAUUUGGUUCUACCUAAUGCAUUUAAUCAUAGUGUGAUUUUUGAUCCAUCACAUUUGGUUAUCCUCGUUUUAAACCAAAAAUAAUAAAAUGAAUCUGUUAUUAUUGUGGGCAUACAACAAAUCAAUGUUGAGUUCAACAAAUCUAUUUAUAAAUAUCAAAUUUAGCUGCAUUAAUAACAUCAAACAUGAUUGAUAUUAAAAUAGUUUUAAACAAAACUAACCAACAUUAAAAAGAAAAACACAAAAAAAAAAACGCUCCCCUCUGCCUAAUCCAACGGCUCUCCUGCCAACUAAUAAGACCAAUUUAAAAAGAAAAAAAGUAAAAUUACAUAAACCAUUCCCACCCUUUCAAACUGUUUAAAUAGCAGCCGACCGUUGAAAGUCCCCCACAAGAGUCUCAGCUCCAAAACUCCAAACACAAGGAGAGAAACCAAAGGAGAGAAAAAACCAAAAACCCCUUCUCGUUUUCCCUUUUCCUCCCCCAUUUCACCUCAAAAACCAAUCACCCCCAAUCCAAUCCCCAAAUGGGUUGCUGCGUCUUCAUCCGAUGGCCCUCCUCGGUCCCUCGCCUCGGCUACGGCCCGAUCGACGGUCACGACUCGUCGGACGAGGACGAGUCGGCGGCGGUGCGGGUGGUGGUGGGGAAGGAGAGGAGGGUGUUCCUGGUGGAGCCCUUCGUUCUCGAGAAGGACCCGUUUAGGGUUUUGAUGGAGAUGGUGAGGAACGGGGAGGGGAAGAGGAAGGGGUGGGAUUUGAAGAAGGGUAAAGGUGCGAUUUUUAUCGAUGUGGAUUCGAUUCUCUUUGAGCAUAUGUUGUGGUUGGUCUGUAACGAGUGCUCCAAUUCCUCUUCUUCUGUGUUUGUGCUUAAUUUGAAGGAGAUCAUAGAGUUCUAUUCUCAGGAUAAUUAAGAAAAAAUAAAAAAAUAAAAAAGGAGUAUGUAUCCUCUCUUUAUAUAUAUUCGUUGUUUUAUGUAUCUAGAUAUAUGGUGAUCGUUGGAACAGAAAUUGUUAAUAUGAAUAUAAUUAAUCAAAAAAUGUGGAAUUUUAUUUA